AGAAGGAGGGAGAUCUCUUUGGAAACAUGGAGCUGCUCUGCUGCGAGGUGGAUCCCAUAAGGAGAGCUCUGCCCGACCCAAACUUGCUCUACGAUGACCGCGUUUUGCACAACUUGCUAACCAUAGAGGAGAGGUAUCUGCCCCACUGCUCCUACUUCAAGUGCGUCCAGAAGGACAUCCAGCCCUUUAUGAGGAGGAUGGUGGCCACUUGGAUGCUGGAGGUCUGUGAAGAGCAGAAGUGCGAAGAAGAAGUCUUCCCCCUGGCCAUGAAUUACUUGGACAGAUUCUUAGCCGUGGUGCCCACUCGGAAGUGCCAUCUGCAGCUGCUGGGGGCGGUGUGCAUGUUCCUGGCCUCCAAGCUGAAAGAGGCGAUCCCCCUCACAGCCGAGAAGCUGUGCAUCUACACGGACAAUUCCAUCAAACCCCAAGAGCUGCUGGAAUGGGAGCUGGUGGUGCUGGGGAAGUUGAAGUGGAACCUUGCAGCCAUCACUCCGCAUGAUUUCAUUGAACACAUCCUAAGGAAGCUGCCUCUACCUAAAGACAAGUUGCUUUUGAUCCGGAAACAUGCACAAACAUUCAUUGCCCUUUGUGCCACAGAUUUUAAUUUUGCCAUGUACCCACCAUCAAUGAUAGCAACUGGAAGCGUGGGAGCAGCCAUCUGUGGCCUUCAGCUCAAUGAUGGGGACAGCCUUACAGACCUCCUGGCCAAGAUCACAAACACAGAUGUGGAUUGCCUUAAAGCUUGUCAAGAACAGAUCGAGGCGGUGCUAGUAACGAGCCUUAGGCAAGUCCAGCAGCAGCAACAGCAAAGCAAUCCUAAGACCAUGGAUGAACUGGACCAGGCCAGCACUCCCACAGAUGUGAGAGAUAUCAACCUGUGAGGACACCGGCACAGAAAGUCACGCUUGCUCUCCUCAGCCGUUUUAUUUUUGUUAUUAUUUGUAGAGUGAAAUAUCUUCUUCUUUUUUUUUUUUUAAAUUUGCUCCCACAUAGAACAUAUUUAAAGCUCUUUUAGGUAAAAAAAAACAAACAACAAAACAAACAAACAAAACAAAACAAAACAAACAAAAAAACGGAAACAAAACACUGAAUAAUGAAAAAAAACCCACAUUUUGUGCCUGUGAUGUUCUACAGAAGGGAAUCCCACAACAUAAUUGCUAUUUGAUUAUGUAUCAAUGAUAUAAAAUGCUUAUAAAAGCAUACAAAGUAGCUAGAUAAAUGUAAACCUGCGUUUGUGGGAACAAAGUAGAGUAUAUUUGUCUGUGUAUUAUGAUGUAGUGCAUACACCCCUUUUUUAGAUUUAAGAAAGGAAUCGUGUGUGCGAUUUUAUGGCUUGACUAGAUUGCAAAGCAAUAGAAUAAGGGUUUUAGGGCAAAGUGGGAAAUGGUCGCUGAAGCAAUUGAACCAUUUUGAAUGCAGAAGAGAUUUGCUGAUCUGUCACCUCUGUUAGAAGUGUUUGUUGGAUCUCUGUAUGUUAGUUUUGUUUACUCCUGCUGUCUGUGGUAGCUGCUACCUAAGAAAGAAGAUGCUUUAUUUUGCCAGCCAGAAGAGCAGGUGGGUUUUUUUUUGUUUUGGUUUUGUUUGUUUUGGGGCCUUCCUUCCUUCCUUCCUUCCUUCCUUCCUUCCUUCCUUCCUUCCUUCCUUCCUUCCUUCCUUCCUUCCUUCCUUCCUUCCUUCCUUCCUUCCUUCCUUCCUUCCUUCCUUCCUUCCUUCCUUCCUUCCUUCCUUCCUUCCUUCCUUCCUUCCUUCCUUCCUUCCUUCCUUCCUUCCUUCCUUCCUUCCUUCCUCCUUUCCUUUCCUUUCCUUUCCUUUCCUUUCCUUUCCUUUCCUUUCCUUUCCUUUCCUUUCCUUUCCUUUCCUUUCCUUUCCUUUCCUUUCCUUUCCUUUCCUUUCCUUUCCUUUCCUUUCCUUUCCUUUCCUUUCCUUUCCUUUCCUUUCCUUUCCUUUCCUUUCCUUUCCUUUCCUUUCCUUUCCUUUCCUUUCCUUUCCUUUCCUUUCCUUUCCUUUCCUUCCUUUUCCUUUUCCUUUUCCUUUUCCUUUUCCUUUUCCUUUUCCUUUUCCUUUUCCUUUUCCUUUUCCUUUUCCUUUUCCAAAUUCCCCACUCCCCUUUUGACUUCUACUUUUCCUUCAGAAAUGGUUCAUUCUAAACAUGGCAGUGUCUCUGGCAUAAGAGCAAUUCCACUUACCCAGCUGUGGACCAAGCCAAAGUUAUCAAGUGUUCACAUUAGAUGGGGGUAAUACACCAAUUAAUUCCAACCAUUUGGUUAAUCAGAUCGCCUCUGACCUUUGGAUUGCAAGAUGCUGUGGAUCACCUGUAAAAAGCAUUAUAUUUCCUUACAGUGCUAAUGCUUCACAUCAGUGUUAACUUUGGGCAGCUCCUUAGCUUGGCUGUAAAGAUAUUUAAGUGAUGCUCUGUUGAUCUUCCUUUUUAACGUAUACUCACUGUGUUAAAGAAGAUGGGAUUUGAUUUGAUUGCUCUUCUACUACCCACCUUUCCCUUCACACUUUUUUCAACAUUUCAAUAACUUCCUUGAUCCACAGUAUUUUUGUAAACCAUUUAAUUCAAAAAGCACUUUGAAAAUUGUUCCUAAGGGAUUAAAUGAGGUGGUUUAUGAUAAUUUUGCCAAGGAAAAAAACAAAAAAGAAGAAGAAAAAGGAAAGGAAAAGAAAGGAAAGGGAAAGGGAAAGAGAAAGGGAAAGGGAAAGGGAAAGGGAAAGGGAAAGGGAGAGGGAAAGGGAAAGGGAAAGGGAAAGGGAAAGGGAAAGGGAAAGGGAAAGGGAAAGGGAAAGAAAGGAAGGGGUCACAAAAGCAAAGCAUAUGGCUUUAUAGUCAAUAUUUUCCAAUAUGUGGUGUAAUUGGUUAGUGUCCGUGUUGCUGGAAAUACCAACACUUGCUUCAGAUGACAUUCCUGUCAUGACAUUCCAGAUACAAGCCUGAUGAUUUGUAUUGUUCAGUGUCACAGAAGGAUCUUACUACCACCUGCAUGCUUAUCUAUGGACAAUGAAAGAAAAUUGCUCGUGUGAAAGACACGAAUGGUAAACAUCAAGGUGUGUGACUUGGAGUUUAUUACAAAGGUGUGUUCAGUGUACUUGAAUUUAUUUUUCUGCUCCAUUGGUAACUAAGAGGCAUUUAGAUGGCAAAGGAGUUGGAGCAACUUUUUUUUUUUCUUUGCACAAUUGUAUUAUUAACAGUUUGCAAAUAUACAGUAUGAAGCUGUUGGUUGAAAUGUUAAUGUUUGCAUUUUUAAGACAAAAAUUCAUAAAGACCAUGCUACUUAGAAGAAUAUAUGAAUGGACUAAGCCGAAUUUGGCUAGAUGAGGGUAGAAAAUGGAGUAAGAUUCUAAGGUUUUGUUGGUUUUUUGGGUUUUUUUUUGUUUUAGUUUUUUUGGGGGUUUUUUGCGCUGCUAAGAAGCUAUUAUUUGUUUCAUUCUUAUUCACAUUAACAGUACUUAGCUGUA